AUGGUUCGUUCGAAAGCUCCUGCAAAGAAGCAGCAGAAGAAAGGAAUUGAUUUUAAGAAAAUCAAGAGAAAGCUUGGGAGAAAAUUACCUCCACCAAAGAAUGCAACUAACACAGAGAUUAAAUCCAAAGCAAUUACACUUCGUGAGCAAAGUUUGGGAGCAGAGAAGAGUGGCUUCGCUACAAGUAACAGAGGCUUGACCUUAGAGGAGCUUAUGAGACAAGUUGCUCAUACUAAUGCCAAAGUUCGCAAAAAAGCGUUAGAGGGAUUCGAAAACCUGUUCAAGAAUCAUCCAGCAGAGCUGCAGUCACAUAAAUAUGCUAUUGUAGAGAAACUUAGGGAGCGCGUUAGUGAUGAUGAUAGUUCAGUGAGAGAUACUUUAUAUUCACUAUUUCAGACUAAGAUCUUUCCUGCUUGUAAAGAGGAAAACCAGGGACGUAUUGUGUCACUUUUGAUGCCAUACAUGUAUAUCGCUAUGGCUGAUUCAGCUAUCGAUGUUCGUUUGAUGGCUUUCAAAUUUUUGGACCUUGUUGUGGAGUACUACCCGCCUACCUUUUCCUUGGAUGCUGAAAAGAUUCUCGAAAACUACAAGGAUAUUAUUCAGAAAAACCAUUUUUAUGUGCAAAAUAAAAGCAAGCUAAAGGUAGCUCUUUCUGGAUUGGCACGUUGCCUGUCGCUGUUGCCAUGUGAUGAGAGCGACACCGAAGCACAGAAAAAGGGACCUUUAGAGAAUGAAACGCUUCUUGCCUAUGAGCAAGAUGCUGCAAAAGAAUGUGUUCGCUUUGCCAAUGUUUCCGGGAUAUUGAAGGAGAUUGUUGGAGUCUUAAUCAAUUGUUUCCAAGAUUUCAUUCCAUUGAUUCAUGCUUCCCGAGUAUUUGAUCCAGAAUCAUAUAAUUGUAUGCGCGGUAUACUUUGCAGCAUAGGUUGUGCAAUCAAGUUUUCCAUCCGUAGGUACACUCAAAGACAGACUACAUGGCUACCUGCAUCUGAAGAAGUUACCCUGAUGAUUUUGGAUCAGGAUAUUGCAUCAAUGUUAUCAAAAAAGUUGCUUGGUUCUUUUCCACUUAAUCCAGAGAACAAUCCUUCCGGAAAGGAUGAUGAAAAGUACUUUAUUAUCAACAGUUUAUUGACAGAAAUCUUUUUGGAAGUAAGUGAAUGGAGUCACCUUCCUAUUGAUCUUUGGAAUAGAUUUCUGGAAUUUAUUGAGAAUACACUUGUAGGCAAGAUCACCAGGCUAAAUAAAUCUGAUCACGAAAAGGCUUUACUUGCACUCUUGCCCUCUGUUCCAAAACUUAUUUUAAGAGUGGACCGUGAUCAGAGAGAUAAACUUCUGCAGGCAUUUACUAUUACCUUCAGCAAUUGCAAACCGGAGUCUCCACUUAUAUUAGCCUGCAUUUCAAUUGUUAGAGACAUGAUUAUCCCUAAUGGAGAUAUCCUUUAUCCUAAUGCAAGUGAUCUAACAGUAAAUUACUACCAGACUACUUGGGUCAACAAACUUCCGUCACUGCUAAAUCAGUUAGGUGAUAAACAUCCGUUAACUACCCAGGCUGUUUUGCAACUUUUGCUCGACCUUGGGCGAGUUGGGUGUCUGAAUGCUUCCCCCACAUUUGAAGAAGACAUCAUAAACUUCUUCAGCCCUUAUCAGGGAGAAGGUGAUGUCCCUGGUGGACCUUUUGCAACUCUCCCUAGGGAAGCCCAAGAACUGGCUCUCUGUUUUCUUUACUACUUCUCCAUCGACCAUUUCAGUUCUUCUUUGCUGAAAUCAAUAGUUUCCUGCUGUCUAUAUCCACAACUUGAACCAGUUGUAUUGUAUCGGACAGUGGAAAUUCUUCACACUGCCUAUAGAGCUGGAUAUAUCCAGAUUACAGAUCAUUUCAGCUUCAUCAUCAGCUUAAUUGCACGUUUCAAAGUUGCCCCAGAGAAAGGGCAGUUAGUGAUAAACUGUAAUGAGCCGGAAGCAUAUCGUGGCACAUUUAAAGCACUUACAAAGCUCGUGUGUAAGUGUUUGUCGGAAAUGGGUGAUGGCUCUAUUGUCCUUCAGAUUCUAGAGAAAGUUUUACUCGAACAGAUAGCUUUGAAGCCUGCGUUGGACUAUGGGUGUGCCAUACUCAGGAUGAUAGUCGAGUUGGACUCUAAACCUACCAGACUUUCUGAAAGCAGUGUAAACACUCUAAGUGAAUUCUUACCGGGAUAUCUGAUCGACAUAGUCAAUUGUAUACCAGAAGAUAAGGAGAACUCUUACCUUUACAAGCAAACAUAUCUCUACUAUUUAGUACCUUGCUUUUACUUGUUCGACCGGAGCCCCAAACUCACGGAACAGGUUCUGAAGCGAAUGCGAUUGAUGGUUAGUGAAAACACAGAAGUGCUGGCAGCGGUCCAAGACAGGGAGAUCGGUCAAAACUCAUUGAACUUAAUACACUGCAUUGUCUCUGUGAUCCUGCUGAUGCACAACAAUGUUGAUGUUAAGAAGAUAAUAUUGUCAUCCAAGUCAGAGAUAGAUUUGAUCCUGCAGGACGUUAUCUCGUUACAGUCCUCAGAAAGCACGAGCUUGACAGUAGAAGGAAAGUAUAUGAUGAAAAUGGAGGCAAAACGACUUGAGAUUGCAUCCAAUAGCUUACUUACAUAG